AUGCUUGUAGACAAAAUCAAGACUGGCCUUGUCACAGAAAAGAAAGACCCCGAUUCUCUUAAUCUUGGUGUGGAAUUGGACUCUGGUCUGGGAGUCUUUGAUGCUUUCUUUGCAAGUUUUUCCAUGAUACUUGUCAGCGAGAUUGGAGAUGAAACUUUUAUUAUAGCAGCUCUGAUGGCAAUGCGUCACCCCAAAUCAAUUGUCCUGUCAGGUGCACUAAGCGCCUUGUUUGUGAUGACAAUACUUUCGACUGGUCUUGGGAGGAUUGUUCCAAAUCUGAUAUCAAGGAAGCAUACAAACAGUGCAGCUACAGUCCUUUAUGCCUUUUUUGGGCUUCGACUACUUUAUAUUGCAUGGAGAUCAGAUUCAAAAUCUUCCCAGAAAAAAGAAAUAGAGGAGGUAGAAGAGAAGCUUGAGUCUGGACAGGGGAAAACAACAUUCCGACGUUUCUUUUCGAGAUUUUUUACACCAAUAUAUUUGGAGUCCUUCAUCUUGACAUUUUUAGCAGAGUGGGGUGACCGUAGUCAGAUAGCAACGAUUGCGCUAGCCACACACAAAAAUGCCGUGGGAGUUGCUGUAGGGGCCACGAUUGGGCAUACGAUUUGUACAUCAUUGGCUGUGAUUGGUGGAAGCAUGCUGGCAUCAAAGAUCUCUCAGCGUACGGUUGCCACAAUCGGAGGGCUGCUUUUUCUCGGAUUUUCCUUGUCUUCCUACUUCUAUCCUCCUCUAUGA